AUGAAAGAAGUAGAUAAUAUUGAAAGUAUAAAAGAAGAAUGAGUUUGUGAUGCAGGAGCCAACAACCAGCCUCUGAGUGUGAGUCAACAAACUGACUAUCUUGUUGACAACCUUUUUGAGGAAGCUCAAAAGGUCGGUGCCAAAUGCCUGUCUCCCAGUGAACAGAAGAAACAGGUAGAUGUAAACAUAAAGUUAUGGAAAAAUGGGUUCACAGUCAAUGAUGACUUCCAAAGUUAUUCUGAUGGUGCAAGUCAGCAGUUUCUGAAUGCCAUCAAGAAAGGGGAGUUGCCUCUGGAACUGGAGGGGCUUUUUGAUAAAGAGGAGGUGGAUGUGAAGGUAGAAGACAAGAAGGAUGAAGUCUGCACGUCCACCAAGCCCGUGUUCCAGCCCUUCUCCGGACAGGGCCACAGACUGGGCAGUGCCACACCAAAAAUUGUUUCGAAAACAAAGAGUAUUGAAGUUGAGAACAGAAAUAAUUUGUCUCCUGUCCCACUGAACCCCCAACAGCCUGUCACUAACAUACAGAUCUUGUUGGCCAAUGGGAAAAGGAUUGUCCAGAAAUUCAACGUUUCUCAUAGGGUUAGCCACAUCAAAGAUUUCAUCCGAAAACACCAGGGACUUCAAGGAAAUACCCCCUUCCUCCUGGUCACCGCCCUCCCCGUUCUCAGACUACUGGAUGACACCCUCCCGCUGGCAGAGGCUGACUUACAGAACGCCGUGGUCAUUCAGAGGCUGCAGAGCACCAGCGACCCUUUCCAGCGACUCUCAUAGCCCUGGGUGUCCAUGCACGAGGAGCAGGUGCAGAGACAGGAUGGCCGUGAGCAGGCCGGGGGCUGGUCUGCUACCCCAGGCCCUCCCGAUGAAAGACUCCCAGAGAAGUACAGUUAGGGAAGGAGAGAGGGCCAGAAGCUAGCCAGUGCACUUUUCAGGAUGCUCCACAGAAAGAAAAGAUUUAUUUUCAAAAACCAUCUUCAUCCAAUUUGAAUUUGGCAAAUGUGUUCAUAAGUUCAUUCAUUCAAGCCCCUUUCCCAAACAGUGGUGAUUUAUUUAAAUGCCAAGCUAUCUCAGAUUUCAAAAAUGGCAUGCUAAAAAAAAAAUUACAUGUGGCAGGUUAAAG